AUGUCUCUCAGACUCUCGUCUUCUUCCGGAAAGUUGAACGGAACCAACGGAGCAAGUGUGCUCUCCCCAACAGAGUCGCCUGGGGCGCUCUUCCGCACCAAAGGACGUUUGUCGUCCUUUGCCUCUUCUCGUGCCACGAGCGGGAACUUUGGCUCAGUCAAAUCCCCCAAGAAGCUUCUCGGCAGUACUGGCAAUUACCAAAACUUGUUUGUCCAAGAGUCUGCGGCAGCUUUGACUGACCGUAGCAAGAAGGCGCUGGGCGUUGCGCAUGAGAACAUCCGCGAUGUUACUUAUGUCUCUUUUCUUGAGUGGAUCAGAUCCGAGCGACUGACCACACUCCCUCACAAGGGUAGCCGAUGGGACAGAGUCCUGAUUCGCGCCCUUUAUUUUGCAGAGCAACUUCACAAGUUUGAGCAGGCUAUACAGCCGUUUGCUCACAACAGUGCCUCUGCUGCCAUUGUCGGUUAUGGCCAUGCACAACUGCUUCUUGAGCUCAGCCACCACAACUCUGAAGCUCUGGACAAGGCAUUCUCAAUCUUCUACAAGUUUGCCAUGUCCUUCCACUCGGUCUUGCACCGUUCCGAGUUGUUGGCUGCGAGCCCUGAGAUUCGCGAGCAGAUCUGCCUGCUCUACGCAGAUCUCAUCAGCCUGGUAGUCGACGUUGGCAUUCAGUUUUACUACGCCGCCAAGGGUAUGUCAUCCAACUCUACCAGCCUAGACAUUUUUGAGCAGUUUGGCGAUACAAUCGAAUCAUUCCGCACUCGUCAAAACACUGUGAUUGAACUCAUCUGGCAAUCCCAAAUCGAAAACGAGGUUUUCGAAGAAGGAGAGUCCAUUGAUGUUCAGCAUCUGAGCCGAUGGCUGGCUUCUCAGGAUCGAGUGAUUGCAGCAAUCACCAGAGAUCAUGAGACAUAUGUAGACAACCAAGCAGAGUUUACUUGCCUGUGGUUCAACAAGCACUUGACGAGGUUUUUCCACAGCCAAAACCGCAUCUUCUUGGUUACCGGCCAAUCGGGUGCUGGUAAAACCACCCUUGCUGGAUCCAUCGUUGAGCGUCUGCAGCGGCCUAUGAACCGCCAGCAGUACGAUACAUUGUUCUGCUCCCUCUCUCCGGACAUUCCAACUGCUGCGACCUCGCUUGCAGUAGUGAAGUCUCUGCUCUUCCAAUUGCUCAAUCUGCGCAUUGGCAACAUGAACAUGUACUGGGCGCUUUUCCGGGCCUAUAACCAGUGCCGAAACUGUGAAGAUGUUAAGACUUACGAAGAGCACCUUUGGCAAGCAUUGACAGAGGCUCUUCAGCACCCUGCUGCUGGCUCCAAUGAGCUUGUGAUUGUAGUCGACGGUCUGGAUGAGAUCGCUGACUCCAAGAGCGCCUCCGUCCAAGCAAUGGGCGGUUUCAGCUCGACUGGUCUUCUGGAGAAGCUGGCCAAGGUUACCAAGCAGGGCCGCGGCGUAAGACUCAUCACGAUGUCUUCCUCUGUGAAACUCUCAUCUCCAUCCAUGGGCAUUCAACAUGAAAUCACACGCGACGAUGUUCGGGAUGACUUGCACGCUGUUGCCCUACGGUCGUUGAUUCACAACCAUCAGUUCCAUGGCCAGCGUGCUCUCGAGCAAGAACAACUAUUGGAUCGGGUUAUCCAAAUAGCCAACGGGUCAUUCUUGCAGCUCUCGUUGAUCUGUGAGCUACUCAACGGCCAGAAGUCCCCUGAUGCUAUGAGUAAAGUAAUCAGCGGUUUGGAGACUUCCAAGCCUACAGUCUCUGACCUGAUUGUGACUCUCUUCAAACAGCUGAACCCCAGCAACGAUGCAAAGACCAUGCUGUCAUGGGUUCUGGCUGCUGAGCGGCCCCUCACCAUCGAUGAGAUUCGCACUCUGUUCUCUGUUGAUGUCCAGCGCGGAACUAUCUCUGACAAGGGAGUCAACGUAAACGAGAUGUUCAGAUCUCUGGAGCCGCUGUUCACUCUGCACCAGCGUAUUGUGCGAUUCAGGCACCCUGUGAUUCACUCUGCUCUUCAUGAUCUGGCCGAAACUGGCAAGGUUUCUAUUCCAUUAGAGCAUAGCGAGACGGAUUUGCUUCUUAGAGUCCUGGCUUAUACCAAGUCUGUCCUUAAGGACAGCAGGAGCGAGCCGACUUUCGACAUUUCCGAUCCAUCUACACCAGACAACCUGUUCAAGCAAUACCGCUUCCUUGAGUACGCAGUCAGGUAUUGGGUCUUGCAUUUGCAACAGUCCCCUCUGGCCCCCAAAUCGACUGGGGAGUUCAAGCCGACUGCUGAACUCAAGAAGGUCUUUCCGGAAACGACGAUGCUCGCCAUUCUGGAAUCGAACUGCUGGAAUUUGCAACUCCCGAUUCCUCAGGUACUUGAGCUCCAAAGGACUGUUGGUAACGUGCGUGAAACGCUCUUCACAAAGAACCAUCCCGCCGUUCUCCAAACUUACCUAGCGAUUGCAACAAGCUACAUGAUGGUUCACAACAUCACUCAGAUUGCGAAGUACUUGUACAUCUGCACCAUUAUCAGCAAAGAGACUUUGUCGCCCAUUCAUCCAUUGACUGUCGAAUGUGCCACUCAAUUUUUGAGUAUCACAGAGACGCAAACCUCCUCGACAAGGACCGAGAUCAUGACGAACCGCGAGCAGAUUUUGAAGGUUCUCAUCACAUCUUAUGAGACUCAAUAUGGUAGCUCUUCUGAGCUUGUCAUCAAGACUCAACAACGUCUUCAAAAGCUGUAUGACUCAAUUAACGAGAAGGAAAACUCGCUGAAGAUUUAUCGAUUGAUUCAGCUCCAUGGUUCUGGACCAAAUCAGUCCACUGAUGAUCACUGGGAGAAUGGAGGCGUUCGAAUCAAGCAUAUCCGGCGUCAUGAUGAUGUUGAUCUUCAUGGCUCCAUCCUCGGCAGUGACGAGAUCGAGGAGGAGACUGCUAUGGUCAUGACUAUCUCUUCAAUCGAGUCAAUGCUCAGCGUAAUCCAGCAGCACCUUCACCGCAAGGAGUUUCAACAGGCGGAGAGAAUGUACGUCGAGCUAUGGAUGGAAGUUUCCUCCAAGUGUCGCACUGUCAUGGGCAUUGAGUGGCACGAAAAGAACAUUGACAUUGCCACCUCUUACUCCCAGUUUUUGAAGAACCAAAAACGAAGCAGCGAGUCUACGGCAGUACUUUCAUCAGUCUGGCAGCAAUAUGAAGCUCAUCAGCUCUCUUUCUCGGAGAACAUUGUCUCACGACUCACGCAUGUGGCCAAGGAGAUGAGAAGUAUGAACGCACAUGCUCAAGCACUCUCGAUUUUCAAGUUUGCAAGCUCCUACUACCAGAGUGUGAACCGCCAGGAGUCUCAAGCCUCCCUUGAGGUCCGCCAGCAGCUUUCUCAGACCUCUAGCGAACUCGUCCAGCAUAGCCUAUCAAACUCUAGUUCUGUGACUGAAACUACGACGACAAUUUCUGAAUCCGUGUUCCAGGACGUGUUCUUUACCACCAUCUCGAGCUCGAAGACGCUUGAUUCUAGCACAAUUGCUCUUUCCAAGAAGCUCACAGUUCAGUAUAUGGCAAAGAACGAUUACACCGCAGCUAUCAACGUCAUUCACGCUACUUUGAAGCGUACCUGGUCUUCCUUCUUGGCAAGCUCCAUUCAUGACGUUACCAUGGCUACAUCGUUCCUCCAGGAAUCGGUUGAAUUGGUCGAGCGUCUUGCAGAGUGCUAUCUGCAGAGGCGACAGCUGGACAAGGUUGAUGACGUCUACAACCGCUUUUUCCGCGCUGUCCUCGUCACUGAAAAGAUUGACCAAGCCAUCUUUGACAAGGCGAAGAACCUCCUGAUCAACUUCUACGACAAGCACGGCUAUGUGGACAAGGCUAUCAGCAUUUACCAAGAGAUCCUGGUUGUAUACCGUGCACGACUUGGUCAAACGCACGAGAAAACCAUUGAGACUCUCUACAUUCUAGCUCAGAGAUGUCGCGCUCACCCCAGGAACCAUGGAUACUGGCUUGACUACUACCUGCAGAUCCUGGUUGCGCUGAACAAGGAGUCUGACAUCUGCCACAAGAAUGCAUUGGAUGCUUUGCAGGUGGUCACCGUGACGUACUGGGAAGAUCGUCGCUAUGCGGAAGCUGUGACCUUCUACAAAGUGCUCUGGAACACUUUUGUUCGACAGCACAAGGAGCACAAGGUCUUCACAGAGACCAAGUAUGUUGAGACGCUGUACGAGCGAUAUUACCAGUGUCUUGAGGAGACAAAGGCCACUUGGUCUGAUCUGUACAAGGUCACCAAGGAGUACCGCGAGACUUCUACUGCGGUCUUUGGCGCUGAAUCUACAAUCGCCGUCAAUGCAACCCUCUCGCUCGCUCAAGUUGCCCAGAGCAGCGAACAGCACAUGUCUGAGGCGAUUUCUCUCUACGAGGCAGUUUCGCAGUCUGGCAAGCAAGUCACCACCAAGACUACUGUUACGGAGAUCAACAACACACUGUCGUCGCUCUACCUGAAGCAGAUGCACUCGACGUCAUCCACCAACCUUAAGGCUGAGACUGUCUCACGCGCCUUGACGAUGAGCGAAUCGCACUUCCAGGAGGCUACCCAGAAAUACGGUUACAGCCACGAGUCUUCGCUUACCAGCUUGAAGGAGCUUGCAACUCUCUACUCGCGUCAGCAAAAGACGGAUGUUGCAGUCAAGCAGAUUUCAAAGGCUGUCUCUGAGAUCGUCACCAAGGAGACCUCCUCGCAGAAGCAAAUGGAGUCUGCUGCUUCCAUCGCUUCUACCAUGCAGGCCAUUGGCCAGAGCAGCACCGCGUAUGCUAUGGUUCAAGAAAUGCAUCGCCAGAUCUGUGCCAAAGACUCCAGGAAUGCAGCCAAGUGGUCGUUUGAUCUGACCAAGACUAGUCGCACUUCUCUUGCUUUCCUUGCAUCGCUGCAAUACCAUCUCAGGAAGGAUCUCAGCAUCACGUUCUCGGAGAUCUACGCUGAUCUUACCAUGGAGUACAUUUACUGGGUUCAGUUCCACCAGACGCUCCAGAACAACGAGAGUCUGACAAACAUUCUUCUUGCUGCUGCCCCACUCCGAUACUAUCUCCGCCGCAACGACAACAAGGACAUGAUCUCAGUCGUCGAAGACCAGGCUGUUGACCUCUUUGUCAAGCGUGAUGCUCAGGACUUGAAGGACUUCAGCAAGGAGUCCCCUCGCAUCUUCAUCAUUGGUAUUCUUGACUACCUUGGUAGCGGCCGCAACAAGGACUUCAUUCGCUCCGUCAUUCUCUCUAGCAACCGAAGCGUCAGCCAGCUUACCAAGGAGAGAAAGUUCCGCGAGGCAUACGACAUUGCCACUCUCGGCUUCCUCUUUGCCAACAAGCACGAUGGUUACAACGGUCCACGGGCUAUUGGCAUGGGCUUCAAGCUUGCUUCUCUCCUUGUCGGCCGUGACGGCAACGAGAAGUGUCCCGACGCUGCUCUGCGCAAGAAGAUGCUCGCCCUGUCCAACCGCAUCGUCAAGCAAAUCCUGGAAAUCUGCAAGAAUCUCAAGAUCAACUUUGCUCAUAUUCAGCUGUACGAACUGAGCCAGCUAUCUGCACUCCUCGGCGAACAAGAAGACUACGAGACCCUCGAAUGGCUCCUCACCACCCUCUGGCAGACCCGCGACGCCCAACGCUCCUGGCCCGCCGAAGUCCUGCUCAACCUUGGUCGCCGCCUCAUCUGCGCCCGCUACCUGGGCGGCCACCCCGUCAAAGCCAUCCGUCUCGCCGAAGACAUUGCAUACAACAUGCGCCGUGCCCACGGUCCCCGCGCCCCCGUCACAAUCGAAACCUACGAGCUCCUCGCCCAACUCUACACCUCCACCGGCCAGCACUACCAAGCCCAAGCCGCUAAAGGCGAAAAGACGGCAAGCAUGGCACAGGACUGCUUCAAGAAAGCCAUCCUCGUCCACGAAGACCUUCUCCGUAUCCUCGUCAACACCUCCUCCAACGCCUCCGCCGCCCAAGACGACGAAGACGACGACGACGACGAAAUGGACACAACCGCCCAACUCCUCGCUCGCGAGGGCAUCAACGUCAAAACCGCACCCAACACACCCGGCCCCGAAGCCAUCGACUCAAGCACCAUGGACCACUCCGCCACAGCCCUCAAGCACCUGCACCUCCUCAAACUCGCCUACCAGCGCUACGGCGCCUGGCCAAAAUCCUACGCCGAGUACGAGCGCCUCAACGCCCUGCUCUUCCGCGUCUUCGGCACAGACCCCAAGUGGAAGGGCGCUGAGGGAACAGAGAAGUGGGAUGCGAAGCCGUUUGGCGCAGGCAAGGCUGAGUCCCAGGAGGGAGGCUUUAAAGGGGUUGAGGAUUGGACGUUUGGAAGCGAUGAGUUGGUUAUGGGACAGCAACGCCAGUUGCGCGUUGGUUCGCCUAUGAUGGGGAAUGGGGCUAUGGUUCGUGUGUAA